CAGCAAGUCAGACAGAAAACAGGAACGAGCUGAGUGGAGCGAGCUUGGGGAGGGGCCCUUUGAAGGAAUAAAGCCAACACCGGUAUUCCAGCUACGUACAACUCUGGAAUACGCAUUAUUUGCUGUCUUUAAAAACAUUUUUGGGAUCGGACUCGAGAGAUCCCUUUCAGAAAGUUUGAAUUUCUUGCACUGAUUUUUUGACUGACAAAGAGAACUGCUCAGAUUUGCACCAGUGGCUUGAAACCGGGUCCAGUGUCCCCUUUCUCCCUCAUCAGUCCUUCCUGACGUCCUUCUGUGUUUCCCCGCUGUCUAAUUUUCCUGGUCCCGCUGACUGCACAUUGUAACGAUGCCUAGCUCGCUUUUUGCCGACAUGGAGCGGAACGGGAGCAACCAGGUCGAUGCCCUGGACGAUCACAGAGCCUUGCAGAUAGCCCUGGACCAACUGUCCCUCAUGGGCUUGGACAACGACGAGAACUCGCUGUAUGACAACGAGCCCAGAAGAAAGAGUGUCAACAUGACCGAAUGUGUCCCAGUUCCCGGCUCUGAGCAUGUAGCAGAGAUCGUUGGCCGACAAGGUUGUAAGAUCAAAGCCUUGAGAGCCAAGACCAACACUUACAUCAAGACCCCCGUCCGAGGCGAGGAGCCCGUGUUUGUGGUGACCGGCAGGAGAGAAGAUGUAGCCAUGGCCAGGAGGGAGAUCAUCUCUGCAGCCGAGCACUUCUCCAUGAUCAGAGCCUCCAGAAACAAAAACACAAGCCCCAGUGGGGGGAGUGGGACCCCGGCCCCCGGGCCCCCUAACCUCCCCGGCCAGACCACCAUCCAGGUCCGGGUGCCCUACCGCGUGGUAGGGCUGGUCGUUGGCCCCAAGGGGGCCACCAUCAAGAGGAUCCAGCAACAGACCCACACUUACAUCGUGACCCCCAGCCGAGACAAGGAGCCCGUGUUCGAGGUGACGGGGAUGCCCGAGAACGUGGACCGCGCCCGGGAGGAGAUAGAGGCUCACAUCGCCAUGAGGACCGGAGGAAUCAUCGAGCUCACGGACGAGAACGAUUUCCACGCCAACGGCACCGACGUGGGCUUCGACCUCCACGGCCACGCCAGCCUGUGGUCCAAGCCCACCAGCGGCGUGACCCCCACCUCGGGACGCAAGCCCUUCUCCAACUACCGCAACGACUCGUCUUCCUCGCUGGGCAGCGCGUCCACAGACUCCUACUUCGGCACCAACGGCUCCCGCAUGGCCGACUACAGCCCCCCCAGCCCCGCCCUCAGCUACACCGCCACCAACAACAACGGCAACAACAACAACAAUGUCAACAUCAACGUCAACGCCAACGGCAACGGGUUCGUCUACGGGAGCGAGGUGAUCUCCCCCGACUGCACUGACAUGAACUUCGACCCCUCCCCCGGGUUCGACCCGACGCCGGCUCCUCCAGGCCUCCUCUGGUCCCAGUACGAGAGAGGGAUGACCCCCUCCUCCAACGGCGGUAACUCCCCCACCUCCACCUCGACCAUCUACCCCGCCAACGCUUCCACCAACGCCAACGGGAUGCUGCCCCCCAGCCAGAGGAGGCCCAACGGCAGCACUCCCCAGCCCAGACAGUCCCCGCCCCUCCACAGCCACGCCGGCAGCCCCUCUGAGCACCCCCUGGCCCGCAGGGUCCGCAGCGACCCGGGCGGAGGCCCUCUCAGCUUCCCAGGAUACUCCAGCAGCAUGGCCUCCCUGCCCGGCCCACACCUCCCCGGGGUGCCCUGCGACUCCUCCGCCUCCUCCUCCUCUUCCUCGUCCACCUCGUCUGGCACCAGCAGGAAGGGCAGCCGCGACUGCUCCGUGUGCUUCGAGAGCGAGGUCAUCGCGGCUCUGGUCCCCUGCGGACACAACCUGUUCUGUAUGGAGUGUGCCAACCGCAUCUGCGAGAGGAGCGAGCCCAGAUGCCCCAUCUGCCACGCGGGCGUCACUCAGGCAAUACGUAUAUUUUCAUAAGAAUUGUAUCGCUGACUGUAGGGUUACCACGGUUACAGAGUCUGGCUACAAUAGCAACAACAACAACAACAGACUCUUGUACUGCUUUAACAGAACGGGGGAGUGUACAUAUGAAUAUACACGUGUAUGUGUGUGAGGCUGCACUACCAAUCCCCAGGGCUCCGUUAGAGUUGUUUAUAAUGUACUGUAGCUUGAGGAAAUAUUUUCAACAUUCUAAAUGCAUGUUUAAAAUAUUACAGAAUAGUAAUCAAUAGUUCUAGUAAAAGUGUACACCCUAUUUAUGAAGUUAGGAGUGGAGAGGUCUCGGCUGAGGUACUUUAGUCAAUAUGUUGACUGUUGCUAGAGCAAGCCUUCCAGUUUCUCUGAUCGAAUGUACUGAGACAGGAGUGGGGGGGUUGAGAAACAAGGAGGGUGUCUAUCAAAACAGGACUAUUGACGUUAAAGACACUGCAGCUUGACUUUCGAUACAUCAGAGGGAGAAACGACAUAUCCAACAUACAUAUAAAUGUACAGAAUGACAAUUCCACAAGUUAAAAGUUUUGAAUAUUAAUUACAUUAAUACAGAUUGAAGUAUUUUAUUCUUUUUUGACUUGAAAGAUUAUAUUUCGUAUUGCAAAGAUGUUUACAAAUAUUUUAAUUUAAGUUCAGUGAACUUUUUGUAGCUGGGUUAAGAUAUCGUUUAUUUUUUUGUAUGGCCUUAUGGCAGUGAUCACUGUAUUAUUUUAAUAUCACAUGACUGUGGGCGGAAAUACAAAUCCACUAAAUGUGUUUUGCAUUUGACAGUAUUCUGGUGGAAUGGAGUUUUUAUAGGUUCAGCAAAAAAUGUCUUUUAAAUCUGCUUCACCCAGCAUAUUUUUUAUUCAGUAAUAUAAAGCAUAUUUUAUUCUAUAUUAUUACAAAAUGUUGAAAUGUACAAAACUUAGUAAGUCAAACGCAGAGGAAACGUUUAUGCUUUCUAAAAUUUGUAUGAAUUAGAUUCCAGUGGAAAUUACAGGCUUCUGUUGCACCACUCUAGUUUUACUAUUUCUAUUUUAAUACAUUUGUUUACCACUUGUCUAUGUAUAUGUAGGUGAAGUUACUUGAGCGUAAAUGUACUUUAUUGAGCAAAGUUUAAGAACAAAGUAUAUUUUAUUUUAUGAUAAAGGGCCUUUAACCUCAUGGUCGAAUACUAAUAUUAUAUUUGCUGAGACAAGAUUUGAAAAUGUAUCAAGAGUUUUAUUUUUUUGACAUUUAAAGUUCUACAUGAUAAAGUAAAACUUAAGUAAUGGUGCUACUUCAUGUUUUUUUAAGUAUUUCUAUAUAAGUCCAAUAAAAAUGGUA